GUCCUAUUAUAAUCCGUACUUUGGUGUUAAUGAAAAGAGAAGAAGAAAAUUACAGAAACCAAAGUAUGAUGACUGUCAUCCAUUUAAAACUGUUGCCAUGAAAAGGCAAACACUCUGACACCAAACACCACCACUACUCUCUUUCUCUCUCUCUCUCUCUCUCUCUCUCUCUUCACAAGACUACUCCUACACUCAUUUAAAGUGAGCGCCACUAUUGACUACACAUAUCCCAUUUCUUGUGACUUUGUGAGUGUUGUAACUACUUCAUUCUCUCUUCAAAUUCCUCUUUUUUAACUCAGAAAAAAACUCUGCAACAAAACACACAGAAAACAUGAAAGUUUUCAAUGGAUUCUGUUGUACCCUGUUCUUCUUCUUCACAAUCUUCUUGCUUGCUUUGCAAUUGCAAACAUCUAAUUGUGCAACUGUGGUUGUUGAUGGUGUCACUCAAUGGAAUCAUCCCUCUGCCAACAUUGGCGAUACUAUCAUUUUCAAGCACAAGAAUCAGUACAAUCUCUACAUAUUCAGAACAAAAGAUGCAUUCAACACCUGCAACUUCACUCAAGCAACACCACUCUCCAACCACAAUUCCACAACCUACACAUGGCACCCAUCAAGAACAGGCUACUUCUACUUCGCCUUCAACAAUGGCACCAAAAUCCCAUGUCAACAAGGUCAAAAACUAGCCAUUAACAUCACAACAACAACACCGGAAACUACCCCAAUUUCUCCGGCGCCGGAACUUCCACCGCCGGCGACACCAGGCGGCGUAGUUUCGUCUUCUCCGUCGUACCCUUGGCCAUUUCAGCCACGAGAGAAGGAAGGAGCUAGUCCCGGACCAAGUUACAACGACAUCGGAAUCUCGCCGGUGCCGGCGGCGUCUCCGGCGGCGAUGGGAAGUAUACCCUUUAUUAACAGCAAUCCGGCGGUUCCUUUGCCUACUGGUGAAGUUGAUUCUGCUACUAUUCGACCUUUCCCAACUUCUGCUAAUCAAACUUCUUCUUCUCAGGGAGUGAAGUUGAUGGGAUUUUUCAAAGGAGUAAUACCUCUAUGUUAUGUAAUUAUUGUAAUGGUUACAAUAAUAUAAAAAUGAGAGUUUUUAUUGAUUAAUGUAAAAUGAAAUAUAGAAUUAGUAGGAUUAGCCAGGUUGUUUAGAAUGGGGUGGGGUUAGAUUAGGAGUGUGAGAAAAGUAGCUUUAGAGGGGUGGUUGUUAAUGAUAAUAUGCUCUUUUAGACUUUAUUACUUUGGAAUCAUUGUUAUUAUUAUAAUUACCA